AAAAACUACGAACAAGUAGUGAGAUCUUGGAUACGAGAAAAACUUAUAAGAUAAAGAUGGAUUUUCAUAAAGAAUCUGCAAACUUCGAAAAAGAACGGACGCCCAUUCCCGAGGGGCGUGUAGGCAAGCAUAUUAAACUUAAGGAGACCCAAAAUAACGACGGGCUUAGCCUUGGAAACCACAAUAUACAUGACUUCGCUAUUAAAAGAAAAAAGAUGCUGAAAAAUGAAGAGUUACCCGAAACCGUCGAGGCCAAAAAAUAUAGUUUUUAUAAAACUUCAAGCUACUCAUCAGAAGAACGCUACGGAUGCACGUGCCGCGCGUGUGCGCGAUUGUGUGUGACAUGCGACUAGUCCAUACCGUAACCGAUUAUGAUGUUAUGACCCAGUCGCAACACAAAACGAUUAAAAAGGAGCAAUUAAUUACCGCAUUGUGUAUCAAUCAGCUAAUGAAUCGCAACGUCACAACAACAGCUUUUCUCUCACGUUUUCUCGCAAAACCCUUUGACAGAAGAAAGCGCUCGUUCCGAGCAAGGAAAUUCUGUCAGAAAUCAGCAGGGUUCUUUCAAGUUAAAACUGAUCAGGAAAUUGUAUUAAGUUUGUAUCCAGGUACUGGCAACGAAAAACUUAUCUCGUAUUGAAUGAGAAAAAAUUAUUUAUUACUUGUCAAAGAUUUCCUUAUUUAAUUCUGUUCAGGAAAUUCUAGUUAGGUUGUAACGAGGCACUACCAAGAUUCUUCAGCCUAGUUUUU